AUGGAAUCUUCUAUUUAUGUUUGCUUACUUUCGAUUCUCUUGUUCUGCCAUAUUAUACCAUUUACUCGCUCUUUUAAUUCUUCAUUCCAGUCACGCUGCCAUGAUGAUGAGAGCUCUGCGUUGUUCCAAUUCAAGGAAAGCUUUAUCAUCGAUAAUACCUUUGAUGAUUGUUAUCCAAAGGUUGAAUCUUGGAAACUUGUCAAAGGAGAAAGAGGUGAUUGCUGCUCAUGGGAUGGGGUGCAGUGUGAUGAGGAAACUAAUCAUGUUAUCAGCCUUAACCUUGCUAAUAGUUGUCUCUAUGGCUCCAUCAACUCCAAUAACACCCUCUUCCGACUUGUUCACCUCCAUAGCCUUAAUCUAGCCUGGAAUGACUUCAACUUAUCUCAAAUACCAUCCCAAGUAGGCCGCCUCUCAAGGCUGACUCAUCUCAACCUCUCCUUUUCAGGCCUUUCUGGCCAAAUCCCACAACAAAUUUUUAAUCUAUCCAGGUUGAUUUCCCUUGAUCUAUCUCUUUGUGGCUAUGGAUUGAAGCUUCACAAUCCUAGUUUCAAAGAUCUAGUUCAACACUUCACCAAUUUGAAAGUACUUCACCUCUCAUCCAUGAACAUUUCUUCAAAAGUACCUGAACUCUUGGCAAAUUUUUCAUCUUUGGAAUCUCUCCGUCUCAGUGGUUGUGCACUUCAAGGUGAAUUCCCAGUUGGCAUUUUUCAGCUUCCAAACCUAAAGAUACUUGAUCUAAGCUACAACCCUGAUCUCAAAGGUUAUUUGCCCCCUUUCCAAUUGAAGAGUGCCCUUAAAUCUUUGAUCCUUUCUGAAUCGAAUUUUGUUGGAGAGUUGCCUUCCUCUUUUGGAAACCUUGCCUACUUAGAAGAACUCGACAUCUACCGUUGCAAUUUCACAGGGAAGAUUCCAUACUCACUUUGUAACCUUGACAAGCUUGUUUAUCUUGACCUCUCAUUUAAUCACUUUAGCUUUCACAGCCCAAGUAUUUCUUCAUUCUCUUGGAUUGGCAAUCUAACAAAGAUCACUACUUUGGGACUUGCCGAUCUCAACUUGAAAGGUGAGAUACCAUCUUGGCUCGUGAACCUUACUCAACUUUCCGAAGUAAAUUUGGGCUACAACCAACUCACCGGUCCUAUCCCAUCUAGCCUUGCCAAACUGAGCAAACUGAAAUAUGUAUAUUUUUGGAACAACCAAUUGUCUGGUCAAAUCCCAUUCCAAAUUUACAAUUUCACCUCACUAUCCGGGUUAAUCCUUUCAUCAAAUGAAUUGCAAGGCUCUAUUCGAAGCAAUAUUUCUCAACUUAAAAAUCUUGAAAUUCUUGAUCUUCGAUCAAACAACUUGGUUGGCUCAGUUGAGCUGAGCUCAUUCUUGCAGCUCAAAAAGUUGACAAUUUUGACAUUAUCAUUUAAUAGCUUGACGUUGAUCACCAAAACUAGUACAAAUGCCAGCACUCCAGAUUUCCUAGUGUUAGGAUUAGCCUUUUGCAAUCUAACUGAGUUCCCCAGGUUCUUGCACAACCAAGAUAUGUUGGAAUCUCUAGACCUCUCUUCCAACAACAUAAAGGGCGAAAUUCCUUCAUGGAUGUGUAGCAUAAGUACAAAUUCCUUGGACUAUUUGAACGUUUCUCACAACCUUUUAACUGGCUUUGAAAAAGAUCCGGCUGUUCUUCAGUGGGCUAAAAUACGCAUAUUAGACCUCAGGUAUAAUAGGCUCCAUGGAUCUUUCCCACUUCCACCACAAUCCACCUCUUCCUACCGAAUUUCGCACAACAAAUUAGUAGGUAAAGUUUCAGCCUUGCUAUGCAAUUUAAGUGCUCUUGAAACUCUGGAUUUGUCCUUCAACAAUUUGAGUGGUAGGCUUCCCCAUUGUUUGGGCAAUUUGGGUGAUUCCCUAUCAUUGUUGGACUUAAGAAGAAACAACUUCAAUGGAAGCGUUCCUUCAACAUGGAGAAACGGAUGCAAAUUGAAAAUGAUUAGCAUCAGUUAUAAUCAAUUCCAAGGGCAAGUACCAAGAUCUUUAGCCAAGUGUUCAUCAUUAGAGUUGAUUGAUUUUGGUAACAACCAUAUAAUUGAUAGCUUUCCUUCUUGGUUCAGAAAUCUUGAAAAGUUGAGAAUUCUCAUUCUUCGAUCCAAUGGUUUUUUUGGUCUGAUAGACAGACCACAAACCAAAGGAUUCUCAAACCUUCGAGUCAUCGAUUUAUCUCACAACAAUUUCACUGGAAAGUUGCCAUCAACAUACUUUGAAAUAUGGGAUGCCAUGAAAGUUAUAAAUGCAAGCCUCAUGACAUAUAUGGAAGAUAGUAUGUGGUCUGAUGACUGGCAUUACCCUUUUACAAAUUAUGGUCAAUAUGAUUAUUCAAUGCUUAUGUAUAACAAAGGAUUGGAAUUGGAAUAUAGAAAGAUCCCAAGUAUUUUAACUGCCAUUGAUUUCUCCUACAACAAAUUUGAAGGAGAGAUACCAGAUAUCAUUGGGAAUCUUCAACAACUUUAUUUGCUCAAUCUUUCCAACAACUUGUUGAAUGGUCAUAUACCAUCAUCUUUAGCAAAUUUGACAGAAUUAGAAUGUUUGGACCUAUCAAGAAACAUGCUCUCAGGAAAGUUACCUCCAGAGCAAAGAAAUAAGGGAUUAUGUGGAGCUCCUUUGAAAAAGAAAUGUGAAAAUUUUGAGGCAUCACCACAAGAGCGUUCAAAUGUUGUAGAAGAUGAUGACACAGGUUCUGUAUUAAAAUUUAAGUGGAUGAUAGUUUUGAUAGGUUAUGGGAGUGGAUUCAUAUUUGGUGUGGUUGUUGGGCACAAAAUCACCAGAAAGAAACACGAUUGGUUUAUGAAGACUUUUGGAAGGAAACAACAACACAGAAGUCAAAGGCCACGCUGCCAUGAUGAUGAGAGCUCUGCUUUGUUGCAAUUCAAGGAAAGCUUUAUCGUCAACAAUACCUUUGAUGAUUGUUAUCCAAAGGUUGAAUCUUGGAAACUUGUCAAAGGAGAAAGAGGUGAUUGCUGCUCAUGGGAUGGGGUGCAGUGUGAUGAGGAAACUAAUCAUGUUAUCAGCCUUGACCUCGCUAAUAGUUGUCUCUAUGGGUCUAUCAACUCCAACAACACCCUCUUCUACCUUGUUCACCUCCAUAGCCUUAAUCUAGCCUGUAAUAACUUCAACUUAUCUCAAAUACCAUCCCAAGUAGGCCGCCUCUCAAGGCUAACUCAUCUCAACCUCUCCUUUUCAGGCCUUUCUGGCCAAAUCCCCCAACAAAUUUUUAAUCUAUCCAGGUUGAUUUCCCUUGAUCUAUCUCAUUAUCACCAUGGAUUGAAGCUCCACAAGCCUAGUUUCAAAGAUCUAGUUCAACACUUAACCAAUUUGAAAGUACUUCACCUCUCAUCCGUGAGCAUUUCUUCGAGGGUACCUAAACUCUUGGCGAAUUUUUCAUCUUUGGAAUCUAUCCGUCUCAUUGAUUGUGGACUGCAAGGUGAAUUCCCAGUUGGCAUUUUUCAACUUCCAAACCUAAAAAUACUUGAUUUAAGCAAGAACACUGAUCUCAAAGGUUAUUUGCCCCCUUUCCAGUUAAAGAGUCCCCUUAAAUCAUUGAUCCUUUAUCGAACAAAUUUUUUUGGAGAGUUACCUUCCUUGUUUGGAAACCUUGCCUGCUUGGAAGAACUCGACAUCUCUGAUUGCAGUUUCACAGGGCAGAUUCCAUACUCAUUCAGUAACCUUUGCAAGCUUGUUUAUCUUGACCUCUCAGAUAAUCACUUUAGCCCAAGUAUUUCUUCAUUCUCUUGGAUUGGCAAUCUAACCAAGAUCACUACUUUGCAACUUGUCGGUCUCAUCUUGACAGGUGAGAUCCCAUCUUGGCUCAUGAACCUUACUCAACUUUCUUUUGUAAAUUUGGGUCGCAACCAACUCACUGGUCCUAUCCCAUCUAGCCUUGACAAACUGAGCAAACUUGAAAAUGUAUUUUUCUGGAAAAACCAAUUGUCUGGUCAAAUCUCAUUCCAAAUUUACAAUUUAACCUCGCUAUCUAGUUUAGCACUUUCAUCAAAUGAAUUGCAAGGCUCAAUUCCAAGCAAUGUUUCUCGACUCAAAAAUCUUGAAGGCCUUGACCUUCAUUCAAACAACUUGGUUGGCUCUGUUGACGUGAGCACAUUCUUGCAGCUCAAAAAGUUGAGUAUAUUUAUUUUAUCAUUUAAUAGCUUAACAUUGAUCGCCAAAAAUAGUACAACUGCCAGCACUCCAAAUUUCCAAGUGUUAGGAUUAGCCUCCUGCAGUCUAGCCGGGUUCCCCAGUUGCAGUCUUCCCCAUUGUUUGGGCAAUUUAAGUGAUUCCUUAUCAUUGUUGGAUCUAAGAAGAAACAACUUCAAUGGAAGUAUUCCUUCAAAAUGGAGAACUGGAUGCAAAUUGAGAAUGAUUAGCAUCGGUUAUAAUCAAUUACAAGGGAAAGUACCAAGAACUUUAGCCAAGUGUUCAUCAUUAGAGUUGAUUGAUUUUGGUAACAACCUUAUAAUUGAUAGAUUUCCUUCUUGGCUACGAAAUCUUCAAGACUUGAGAAUUCUUAUUCUGCGAUCCAAUGGUUUUUAUGGUGUGAUAGAUAAACCACAAGCCAAAGGAUUCUCAAAUCUUCGAGUCAUCGAUUUAUCUCACAACAGUUUCACUGGAAAGUUGUCAUCAAUACACUUUGAAAUAUGGGAUGCCAUGAAAGUUAUAAAUGCAAGCCUGAUGACAUAUAUGGGAGAUAGUAUGGGGCCUAACGACUGGUUACCCGCUGGAGCAUAUUAUGGUCGAUAUGAUUACUCGAUGAUUUUGUAUAGCAAAGGGUUAGAAUUGGAAUAUACAAAGAUCCCAGAUAUUUUAACUGCCAUUGAUUUCUCCUACAACAAAUUUGAAGGAGAGAUACCAGAUAUCAUUGGAAAUCUUCAAAAGCUUUAUUUGCUUAACCUUUCCAACAACUUUUUGAAUGGUCAUAUACCAUCAUCUUUAGCAAAUUUGAAAGCAUUAGAAUGCUUGGACCUAUCAAGGAACAUGAUCUCAGGAAAGUUACCUUCCGAGCUAAGUAAGCUCACCUUCCUUUCUUCUUUUAAUGUUUCUUAUAAUCAGCUUGAAGGACCCAUUCCACGAGGGAACCAAUUUGAUACAUUUGAGAGCAAUCGAUAUGAGGGAAAUAAGGGAUUAUGUGGAUUUCCUUUGAAAAAGAAAUGUGAAAAUUUUGAGGCAUCACCACAAGAGCGUUCAAAUGUUGUAGAAGAUGAUGAUACAGGUUUUGUAUUUAAAUUUAAGUGGAUGAUAGUUUUGAUAGGUUAUGGGAGUGGAUUCAUAUUUGGUGUGGUUGUUGGGCACAAGGUCACCAGAAAGAAACACAAUUGGUUUUUGAAGACUUUUGGAAGGAAACAACAGCACAGAAGUCAAAGGGUGAAGCAUGUGUACAGGGAGAGCUACAGCAGUGCUGACUGGAUGGCUCAUUUUACUCGCUUUCUCUCUGGGAGUUCAUAG